UGAGUGUGUGUUUGAGCCCAAAGCGGCACUAUUAUAAUAUUAUUUCAAUAACGUUCUCGAUCCGCGUUCAAAUAUUACAAUAUUUUAAAUAAUCAUGUCGUCGUCGUAGCCGUACAUAUUUUGUUGCAUUCUCUGUUGCUGCGUCGCGAUCGCAGCAUAUAGAACAAUAAUAUUAUUAUGACGUCAUCGUCGACGGCAAUCGUCGUAGUCGCUGCAGCUCUCCUUUCGUUUUCAGGCGGCGCCGUGGACGCCGUGGCCAAGCAGUGGACGCCCAACGUAGACUUUGAGGCACCCCGCAACUGGGACGCGGGACACGUCCCCACGCCCGUGGACGUGGCCGCAUUCCAGAAGGACACUUUGGUCCCGGUGGUGGUACCGACCACGGGUGUAGACGUGUGCGAGGUCGUGUUGCCGUUCAACGGUCAGCUGAUCUUGGAGCCCAAUUCCCGCGUUGUCAUUUCCUCGUCGUCCCAAGCGAUGGGUGGUUGCACGGGACAGACUGUGACGUUUAAGCAAAAUGCCCCAAUGGAAUGGGUUGAUCCGGACAACUGGUCAAUUGAGAAUUUUAACAUAGCAACGCCACACGUGGAACGAAUACCGUGCGUGCACGAUACCGUUGUGUUCAACCCCGGUCAUUCGUUUUCAGUCAUUGUGCCCGACGAUCCGAUCACAAUCGGAUCAAUGAAGUACGGAAACCAAACGUUCAGUCAAAACGAAUUGAACGAAUUUCUUUUGUCGGACGUCGGCGAUCAGGAACUGAAGRGUUCUUCCACCGACAACGAUGUAUCCAUUACUCUGACUUCGACUUCCUGCGAAGACAACACAGGAUGUGAAUGCGGUACCCAACAACUUUUCGACCAAGUAUGCAAAGUGGCCUCAAAACGCUGUGAUAGUAAAUUGGGCUGCAUAAGUCCAGUGAAACCGAUUGGCCAUUGUUGUUGGACUUGUGGUGAGAUUUUUAAUAAACAAUACAAUAUGAUUGUCAUACUUUGUAYAGUGAUACAAUUAUUUAUUCGAUUUGAAUUAGUUGUUGAUUCUUUUAAGAAUACACUAUUGUCCGGAUCCAGGUCUAGUGCUGGAGCUGUGUUCGUCAAAUUCAAAAAUGAUACCAACGACGCUGUGGAACUAAUCGACGAAGACGUCCGAUUGCAGCGUAAGACUUCGUUCGACAACCCCACUUAUGGAGCUGUGGAGAGUAUGAACAAAUCGCAGUUGGCACGUAAAUUGCGUCUGUCCAGUGUAUUUUGCGCCGGAAGGUUUCUCGUUGGAGCGUGGACCGCGAAAAAGGGACUUGCUUGUCCGCCCACGUCUCGGUUGUCCGCCCGGAGCGCUGAUCCCGGAUAG